CAGCAGUCACAUAUGUCAAAUAUCCGUUUUAAUUCUUUUGAUAAGCAGGCCCAUAUUUCACUAGAAGACAUGUGAAAUCCUAAAGAAAUAGUAGAGGUUGUACGGUGGGAUGAAAUGCAACCAGAUGGGGGUUCAUGUCAAUUUGAGGCUGCCCAAAACAGAGACAUCCCCGCCCCGGCGGCCAUCCCAUUGGUGGAGCAGAAUGCCAAAGCCGGAGGGUCCUGAUCGGAGGGGUCCACUGAUUGGUUGCUUGGGUGUGUGUGUGCAGGCAUCGCAGCCUGUCCGUUUGAAUGUGCUGGGGACUGGAGGGGAUCAUUUCCAUGGACCAUCUGUCUCACUGGCUACCCACACAACAAAGAAGGACCCAGGAUGGUGUUAGUACAUGUUGGAUAUCUGGUUCUCCCCGUCUUCGGCUCUGUUAGAAAUAGAGGAGUACACUUUACCAGGCAUCAACACAGCCAUGCUACCUCCUGCCGACAUUUUCAUCUGGGCGCUCCCCAGGCGCCCAUCUCAGCAGAGUUCCCUCUAGGACACACCAGCCAGCCGCCUCAGACAGGCCUGGCCACCCACCUGCCCCCGGCACACCAUCCGCCCCUCACUGCCCUGCCUGCACCCCCUCAGUUCCAGGAUGUGCCGGGGCCUCCAUUCCUACCUCAGGCCUUACACCAGCAAUACCUCAUUCAGCAGCAGCUUCUUGAAGCGCAGCACCGCAGGAUUCUCCCGCACUCUAGAAGAACCCAGGAGCGUAUUCCCCUGAACCCCCACCGACUGCGUUCAGGCUAUGAGUACUCCCCUGCCCUCCAUGUUCCCCAGCCAAUGACACAGCAGCAGCAGCGGUACCUGGCCGAAGGCACCGACUGGGAUCUCAGCGUCGAUGCUGGCCUCCCUCACCACCAGUACCAGCUCCAGCAGCUUCCACAGCACUAUCAGCAUUACUUGGCCUCCCCCCGAAUGCACCACUUUCCCAGGAACACAUCCUCUGCACAAGUGGUUGUGCAUGAAAUCAGAAACUACCCGUACCCCCAGCUGCACCUGUUGGCACUGCAAAGUCUGAAUCCUUCAAGGCAUGCCACAGCUGUGCGAGAAAGUUAUGAGGAGCUUUUGCAACUAGAGGACCGGCUGGGGAGUGUGAGCAGGGGAGCUGUUCAGACAACCAUAGAGAGGUUCACCUUUCCACAUAAAUACAAGAAGAGAAAGCCCCUGCAGCUGAAGAUUGGGGAGGAAGAGGAAACAGAUGUGGAUGAGAAAUGCACCAUCUGUUUGUCCAUGCUGGAGGAUGGAGAGGACGUCAGGAGAUUGCCCUGCAUGCACCUCUUCCACCAGGGCUGCGUGGACCAAUGGCUGGCCACCAGCAGGAAGUGUCCAAUCUGUCGGGUUGACAUCGAAACACAGCUGAACCCUGACAGCUGAUGAGAUUUAAACUCCCUCCCACUUUGUCAAUCACCCUUGUGUGGUUCCUGCUUUCUUCCAUCCCGGCUUGCCGGCCCCACCCCCACCCCCUCCCCCGUUGGGUGCUUUGCCAAAUGUCUCCAGACUUCAUGUGACAUCACCACCCUUCUGACUCACGCUUUACUGAGCCAAGCCAGGAUAACUCGCACUGCACGAGAGGCCGCAAGGAGCUCUCUUUGUAUAGAAGCACAUCUCUCUGGAGGCAAAAGACACGCAAACACACACACACACACAUACUCAUGUACACAGGGUUUACUUGUAGCUUGCUGGUCGUAAGUGGGGUGUUGUUGCUGUUGUGGUGUUGUACUGUAGGUAGCCCCGGGCUGUGUAGCAUGUCCUCAAAGCCAUGACUUAAUGUCCUGAGAAUGGAAAACACAUAACCCCACACUGAGCUGGCUACUUUCUCUCUCUCUUUCUAUAUAUGUAUAUAUAUGUAUAUAUACAUAUACAUAUACAUAUAUAUAUAUAUAUAUGUAUAUAUAUUUUUCUCUCUUUUCAAACACCUUUCAAUCAAAAUGAAUAUUCUGCCACACAAGAAAACGUAACAAACUAAAUGCUCUGAUGCCAUGUUUACUUAAAGAUCAUCUGUGGUUGUAGUAGAGUAGCAGUAACCAACAAGUGAUAUCUGGUGUGCUGUUGUCUUCUUAGGGGCAAGCACCAGCCAGCUGAGUGUUUUAAUUCUAUCAUGCAGCUUUGACAUUUUGCAAUACAGUUGUACAUUUACCUUGGGUCGGUGUCAUGUGAGAUGGUGUCAUGUGAUUAGGUCUCUUUUGCUGCCGCAGAAACCGAGCCUAGUGAUCGAGUCGUAGUGUGUUUAAAAAUUUCAAAAUACGUAGAAAGUGGGGUGUUUUUUUUUUUGUUUUGUUUUGUUUUUCACCAAAAUGCAUUUUGUCACAGUGUAGCUUGAGCCUGACGUGCAGGUUCACGUGUGUGUGUGUGUGUGUGUGUGUGUGCUCUGCCCAGCUGUGUGUGGCUCAAAGAAUGUGUCUAACCAAUGUGUGGAUGUUUGGAAAGUGCAAAUGUGAGCGUGUUUCCAGGGUUCGAGAGAACACCUAGACGUUAACUUACUGUAGGUUAAUGGCAGGGUCGCUGGAGUGCUUACACAACACAAAGCCAAAAAAGGGAUGAAAAAACGGAAACUAUCAUGCGCUACAGAGCGAGGUGGGAGGAAGACUCAGCUGCCCUUGUACCUGUAUCUUCACCUGGCGCGGGGCCAGUAGCGGAACAGUGUGUGCUAAAAAUGCAUGCUUCAUCAUCGACUCGGGCUGACAGCUUCGGUAGCGUUUCUUCUGUUUCAAAAAGGUACAGAGAUGGCUUUGCAUGACUUAGUUAAUCUGAGCUGUGACUAUCUUCUCAACACUAACAAACAAACAAAAAAGAAAAAAAAGAAAAAUGAGCACGGUGUCAGUGGCUGCUCCCCUGACUUGUAGCGUGUGUUCAUCCCUGUCCCCCUUGGUGGCAACGAUGGGAUCCUCUUUUUGAUGUUUACCUUAUUGCCUAAAGAACAAGCACAUGUGACAAUAAUCAUACCAACAAAAGGUUUCUCCUUGGUAUUGCGUUUGCGUUGGUUUAUAUUUAGGUAUAGAUUCAUCCUGCUGCAGUGUUUCAGCAGAGAGACAAGCUUGCAUAUUGAUCUUGUGUACUUGUGUGACAGACCUCCCCUCGUGGUUGCUAUGCUGGUUGCUAUGCUGUAUUGCUAGAACAUUUAGAACGUGGUGGUGCGACGGAGGCAGCCUCGCUCUUGCAGUGCACACAGAUAUGAGAAGGCUCAACAACAGGAACACAUUCAGGCUGUUAAAACAAGUCAACCCCACCCACCCAUCCACUUGCUACCAGUUUUCACUUCGACUUGUCAUUUCGGUUCCACUUGGCCUAAUGUUGAAAGGACGCCUUUAGGACCCUCGCUGUCCUAUGCACUGUGAUAGUAAAGGACAAGACUUGGUCCGGAGGUUCUCUCAGCCUCGCCGGGCCAAAGAUCAAUUAACAUGGAUUGCUUGUGCACUGUCAGUGUUGACGCUGCCUCCUGCUGUAGUGGAGUCAUCUGUGACUUUUCAUAGUUUACACAGGGUGUUGUCAGUUCAGAUGCCUUAAGUAUUUAACAAUCAUAAUUUAUUACUAACUGUAGAUAUUGUGGGUAUGUAUUUAAUUUUAUAUAGUUUUUUUCGGGGAGGGUAUUGAAUCAUAAUUUAUUUAUUUAGAAAUAACACAAAAAUGCUAUGAAAAAACUAUUACCUCAUUUUUGCAUUGUUUUAAAUGGGAAUGCUUUGCAUGCAGUUGUACUUUUUAAAACACUAAAGUUAAAGAAAAAAAAGAGCCCUGCUGUUUGAUCUCCACAAGCUGGCUGUGCGAUGUUUACUGUCCAAGGCUGAGCUACUGAGCCCGCUCUUCGUCUCUUCCUCUCUCUCUCGCCCUCCGUCUCUCUCUCUCUCUGUCUCUCUCUCUCAUUCUCUCUGUCUGUCUCUCUCUCUCAUUCUCUCUGUCUGUCUCUCUCUCUCUCAUGUGGUGCUGUGGAUCUUGGUUACAUUCCAUUCAAUGCAAUUUCUCUGAUCCCCCAUGCUGUGAUGUAGUGGACAAACUGCAAUGAAGUGAAUUGAUUUUAGUUUGUGGUUUUUUUUUUUGUUUGUUUUGUUUUGAUUUUUUUGCACUCAUUUGUUUAAAUAUGGGAACCCUCUCACUGGCAAAAGAAAAAAAAUAGUUUAGAUAAUUUAAUAUCAUCACUAAGAACUCUGGCUUUUUGCUUCUCACAAUGCACUAUGGGUCUUAAUAAUGACGUGAAGCAUGUUCCUUUGCUUUAACUUGUUGUAUCUAUCUUUUUUUCCAUCUCUCUGGCGUUUCUCUUCAGUUAUUUUUCCAGAAUAGUUUGUAGACUUAAGCAUAACAAGUGCCUCGCUUUAAGUGUUAGGAGAUAUUUCCAUAUUACUGAAACCAUCAAUAACAAUCUGUCCAUGAAGUCACCAUGCCUUAUUGGUUGCAUAAUUAAUGAAAAGUAUGAGUCAUGAAAGAGCUAAGACAACAUGUGACAGGUGUCUACAAAAGCCAUUAUCCUCGAAAUUUAAGUCAAGCUGUCCAAAAUAGCUGUUGGUUUGUCGUGCUGAAGCAUUUAACUAUUGUGGAAUAGGAUAAAGAGGCAUGUUUCACUGUGGGCUUUACAAAUACUACAUUCAUUUCUCUUUUCUGUUUAGGCUCUAUCUCCUACUCGUCUUUUUUAUUUUACUGUACGUCUCAGACUCUACCCUGUUUCCUUUCACAGUCUAAAAGGAAGACCGGGAUUUAAAAGCACAACCUUUUCUAAAAAUGCAUGUUUUCUCAGGUUUCGAUAUAGUCUCAAUGGUUUAAUAGUAUACGAUGAAAAUAUAUACAAAGAAUAUAACAGAAAAAAAAAUAGUUUUGUUGCUGUUUGAAUCUGAAAAACAAAGCUGAAGAGAAAAUAUCCCAAAAAGUGCCAGUGAAAGGGCUGCCGCCAUCCUUGUAUGAAAAUCUGCUGUUUAGCUGUGACUGCGCAAUGUUUUUCAAUAUAGGAUAUUUUAUCUGAAAAUAGAAUAUUUAUCAUUAAUAUUAAAGCAAUAGCGCAUUAAUGGUGGUGAGUGUGUUGAUGAGGAAAUGGAUGAGCAUAUUAUGGGUAAAUGUUAGAUUCACGUGGUGGAAUUUUGUACUUUAUUUAUUAUUACUAAUAAUAAUAAUGAUAAUGAUUUCAAAAGUUGCAUUGCUAAACCCAAACUGUUCUGUUUUGUUUUUUAAUUUUAAUUUUAUUUCAUGGCUUGUAUAUUAUCCUUUUGUAUGUGCUCUUUUUGUAAUAAAUUGGAUAAAACUGACAAGUACUUGUUUU